CGCGGGGACGCGGGGCGCGGGGGCGCGGCGGGCGGCAGGGGCGGGGGACAGGAUGCGGAUGCCGGGGGGACUUCCUGUGCCGGCCCCGCGCCCCCGCCCCGGCCCGGCUGGCUGCCCACACGGACGCACGCACGGGAGGGCGGGCGAGCGAACGGGGACCCAGCCCGGCCGCGGCGCCCGCCCCCCGCGCCCCGCGCCUCGGCCCAGGCCGCCCGAGGGCUCUGGGCACCUGUGGCCCGCGGCCGCCCAGGACCGGUGGCGCGCGGCCCCCGCUGACCCAAGCCCAGGCCACUCUGCUGGACAGCCCAGGGCGCCGACCCCGGCCCGGCGGUGCGCGAUGGUCUCCCGGGGCGACCCCUGAGCCCCGCGCCGGAUCUGGGGCUCUGCUUCUGGCUCGUGCCCCCAGUCGAGAGUCUCCACCAACUUCUGCCCGGGAACUCCACUCUGCCCCUUCUCUUGGCCCAGGGCGAUCUCGGCAGCCCUGACAGCGCGAACCCUCUGGAGUACCCCAAAGGGUCACCCGGGAUGGCCGGCGCCUCCCUAGGUGGAGGUGCCUUCGGAAGGAGCCGGCUGAAUGCUGUGUGGCCUUCACCUUACAGCCUCUGUUGACCACACCUCCCAGAGUGCAGGGGCUGCCGCCGGCCUGCCCGCCGCAGGAAAUGCUGUCCCAGCACAGGCGGCUCCUGGGGACUCCAAUGUGACCACCAGGAUGGAGGUGGAGCCAGCAACAGAGACCUUCGUGUUGGAGCUGCGAUGUCUUGAGGAUGGGGGCCCAAGGCCUGACACCCUCUCAGGUGGCAGCGGUAGGAGUGAGAGUCAAGAGAAGGAAGAGGGGAGCAGCAGUCCACAAUUACCAGCAGUCUCAGCCCCAAAAGCAGCCAGUAAGAUCACGGAGGAAGCCCAGGCACUACAGCAGGAAUUGCCACAGCAGCAGUUAAAGCAGCAGCCAGAACUACAGCAACACUCACAGGCUGAGCAGCCACAACAGCAGCAACCACAGAACCAACUGUUAGAACAUCAACCAGAAUUGCAACAGCAGCAGCAGGAUGGGCAACAGCAGCUGCCUCAAGUACAACAGGAGCUACGGGAAAACCACCAGCCCCUGCAACAACACCAGGAACUGACACCACAGCUGCAGCUAGUGCAACAGCAUGGACAGGUGGAACAGCAGGUGCAAGAGCAACAAUUGCAGCAGCAGCAGCCAGUGCAAGAGCAACUAUUGAAGAAGCAACAGGAACAAUUGCAGCAACAGCAAGUGCAACAGCAACAGUUGCUGCAGCAGGAACAGUUACAACAGCAGCAAGCACAAAAGCAACUACUACAGCAGCAGCACCAAGUGCAAGAGCGACUACUGCAGCAGCAGCAGGAACACUUACAGCAGCAACAGGUGCAAGAGCAGCUAUUGCAGCAGCAGCAAGCGCAAGAGCAACUGCUGCUGCAGCAGAAACAGUUAGAGCAGCACCAAGUGCAAAAGCAAAUACUGCAGCAGCAGCAGCAAGUACUACAGCAGCAACAACUGUUACAACAGCAGGAACAACUACAGCAGCAACAGUUCCAACAGCAGCAGCAGCAGCUCCAGCAACAGCAGCUACUGUUGCUGCAGCAGCAGGAACAGUUACAGCAGCAGCUGUUGCUCCAGCAGCAGCAGGCCCAGAUCCAGCAGCAGCUCUUGCUGCAGCAGCAAGGGCAGCUCCAGCAACAGCAGCAGGAACCUCUUCAGCAGCCUCCUGCUGCACUGGAGCCCGAGGAGGAGGAAGAAGUGGAGCUGGAGCUUAUGCCCGUGGACCUGGCAUCAGAGCAGGAGUUGGAGCGGCAGCAGGAAUUGGAGCGGCAGCAAGAGCUGGAACGGCAGCAGGAGCAGAGGCAGCUGCAGCUCAAACUGCAGGAGCAGCUACAGCAGCUGGAGCGGCAACUGGAGCAGCAGCAGUUGGAGCAGCAGCAGCUAGAGCAGCAGGAGGUGCAGCUGGAGCUGACCCCCGUGGACCUGGGCGCACAGUCUCAGGAGGUACAGCUGGAACUGACCCCCGUUCAGCCCGAGCUGCAGCUGGAACUGGUGCCCGCUGCUGCAGGGGCCAGCGGGGCCACGGUCCCGGGGGCUCCGGCGGCCGUCGUGGUAGCUCCUCCGGGUUACGUGGUACUGCAGGAGCUUAUGGUGCUGCCUGCCGUGGCCACACCGGCUGUGGUGGCCAUCCCCGGCCCAGCGGGCAGUGCAGCUCUGACCCCUGCGCGGCAGCGACGGCGGCGGCGCGCACGGGAUCGACCAACCAUCUGCGGGGAGUGUGGCAAGGGCUUUAGUCGCAGCACGGACCUGGUGCGGCACCAGGCCACGCACACGGGCGAGCGGCCACACCGCUGCGGAGAGUGUGGCAAGGGCUUCUCACAGCACUCCAACCUGGUGACGCACCAGCGCAUUCACACGGGCGAGAAACCCUACGCCUGCUCCUACUGCUCCAAGCGCUUCAGCGAGAGCUCGGCACUUGUGCAGCACCAGCGCACGCACACGGGCGAGCGGCCCUACGCGUGCAGCGACUGUGGCAAGCGCUUUAGCGUCUCCUCCAACCUGCUGCGGCACCGGCGCACACACUCGGGCGAGCGGCCCUACGUGUGUGAGGACUGCGGCGAACGCUUCCGCCACAAGGUACAGAUCCGCCGCCACGAGCGCCAGCUUCACGGUGCAGGCCGCUCCCGGGGACUCGGGCUGCUGCGUGCACCGCGGCCCGCGCCCCCCAGCGGAGCUCCACGCGCCCAGCCAACCGCGGGGUCCACUGCUCCGGCGUCAGAGAAGGCGCCCUGAUGCGUGAAGCGCCCGCCUCAGGGAUCCGAGCGCAGGGGAGCGCGCUCAAGGGGUUGGUGGGGGGACGGGUUGUUUUGACCUGUGAAUUCUCUUACACGCACGUGUGAAGAUUGCCGGACGUCUUGCUCCCAAGUUCGUGAUCGCUUGGAGUAUCCUUGGGAAAGAAAAGACUUCCAUCAUCCCUCCAUUCCUCGAGAAGUUCCAGGUUCACAGAUUCACACCCACUCCUAGAAUCCAUCCACAAAACUUGAUAGCCCAGAAGCCAACGGCUAAGGCCAAUGGCCGAGACGGAGGUGGCCACAUUGUUUUUCUUCUCUUGCGAAAAAAAUUGGCUUCCCAGAAACAAGAGAAAACUUCCUGUGACAAGCAAUUAACAUUUUCCAAACACUAUCCAGAGAAUAAGGUAUUUAUAUGGAGACACACAGGGAGAAGAUGGAUCUUGGUGAGAAGUAUUUCAAAGAGAAAACCGGGAAGGGGUGUAGAAAUUUACCAGGACUAGGUGGAAAACUGAUCAAGGCAUUGAAUUGGCUUCUUGGUGGCAUUUGCCUAGAAAAUACUUGUUAGGAUGGAAAUGCAUCAGGGUGGGUGUGAUUCUGAUGGAAAUGCCCGUGUUUGCAGCAGUGUGCAUGGCAGAGUGCAAAGAAGUCCCAGGAAGCCCUUCUCUGGAUGGAAGGUAAGCCUUCCUUCUGUGCAGCACAGGGUUCCGCUUGGGACAGGCCAUAGAGGAGUUCUAACCUUCUGCUGCCACAUUCCAGCAUCCCAAGCCCCACUGUGGCGCUUUAACAUCUACUGAAGAACCGGAGAGGGCAUUCCUGGGUUUUCUGCAAGGUCAAGAAGAGACCCCCUCCCAAGAGCUUGGGACAACCCCGCCCUGCCUCAGGCUGUUCAGAUGGUGCUCGAGGGGUUGGUGCCUUGACACCAAGAGAGGGGUCUUCUGGACCAGGCUGUGAGAGGGUCUGCCUGGUAUACCCUGCCUCCUGGCUGGAGAGGUGGAGAAAAUAUACUGGGGACAAGGAUUGGAAGCAACAGAAAGGCUGUUUACCAAAUCGUCUGGGGCAGGGGCUAUAAAAGUAGCAGCAACUGCUGAAGUCUGGCAGCAGGAAAGUGUGUUGGGGGAAGAGGCCACCGGCUACCUCUGGCCCCCAAGCACUUCUUGCGUUACCUGAUGUCCCAUGUGUGGCUGCUUGAUUCCUGCCCUCUUCCCUCCCUACUUCUCCUUUACUAACACAGCCUGCCAUGUUUUACCCAUGUGUUGGUAAGUGAGAAACCAUGAAAAAUAAAUUAAAAUGAACUAUA